AUGUUUGCCUUCCUCUUAGUUGCACUUGUUAGUGCUGCCAAUUAUGGUAUUGAUGUCUCUCAACCGACUUCCACAUCCUCAUUCACAUGUUUAAGGAACAAUGGGUUCACCACAAUGGUGAUAGUUAGAGCAUGGAAGUCAACAGGAUCCUUUGACUCCAAUUGUGUUCAGACCUUAAAGAAUGCCAAUGCUGCUGGUUUCACUAUUAAGAACUCAGACGCAUAUUUCUACCCAUGCAUCUCAUGUGGUGAUGCUGCCGGACAAGUCUCUACUUUCUGGUCUAAAGUCAUUUCAAAUAAAUUACAAAUAGAAAGAGUCUGGUUCGAUAUUGAAGGCACUUGGACUAGCAGUGUGACUAGCAACAGAAACUUCUUUGAAGCUAUGGUCAACAAGGCUAUUAAUAUGAACAUUAAAUAUGGUAUUUAUGCUUCAAAGAACUAUUGGUCUAGCAUUAUGGGGUCAUACACUUUCUCUCAUGCUUCAAGCGUUCCUUUGUGGUACCCACACUACGAUAACUCCGCUAGCUUCUCUGACUUCUCUGCAUUCGGUGGAUGGUCAUCUCCUUCUAUGAAACAAUACAGAGGCGAUGUCUCUACUUGCUCUGCUGGUGUUGACUACAACUACAAGCCAUAA